ACCAAAAUAAAUUGGCUCAGUUUCUCUCCCUAAAUUCUAAAAAUCCACCUACUCUGUCUCUCUCUCUAAAUGGCAGGUGACCAUUACAAUGCUGACUCAUUCAAAGCAUUUGUUGAAGCUUGGCUCCUCCGUCAACGAAACUAUCUCGACGACCUCCUCUCCGCCGCACACGGCAGUCCUCACAACCGCGAUCUCCAAGUUUUAAUCUCUCGAAUCCUCAGCCACUAUGAGGAUUAUUACGAGAAAAAAUCAAGAAUUACCCAAACUGAUAUCUUUCUCGUUUUUACCCCACCCUGGUUCACUACCUACGAGAGGACACUUCUCUGGAUCGGCGGAUUCCGCCCGGGCCUCAUUAUCCGGCUGGUUAAUCAGUCCAUAGACGACCUGUCGGACGAACAGGUGGUUAGAAUUAGGCGUCUUAAGGACGACACGAAGAUCGAAGAAAGGCUACUGAACAAUGACUUGGCGAAAAUUCAAGAAAAAGUUGCGGCGCCGCCGUUGUUGGAAUUUUUCCGGCACGGUGGCCACGACGGCGUAGGUGGCGAGGAGGCAAUGGAGACGUUAAAAGCGGCGUUUCAGUCGGUGCUGGCGAGUGCGGAUCUUUUGAGAAGAGAUACGGCGUUAAAAGUGACACAGAUCCUAACUCCGGCACAGACCGUUAGAUUUUUGGCGGCCGUGGCUCAGCUUCACCUUAGAGUUAGAGCGUUGGGUUUGCAAGAAGAUGCCAGACGGAAUCCAUUUUGUGUCGCCUUGGAUAAAGAUCCGAGUGGGGUGCAAUUUGGCUACCAGCAUGACUAAUUAAAAUGGGAGGCUGAUUUUUCCCUCCUAACAAAUUAUUGUAUAGGAAAAUAAGGCGAAAUAACCUUUUUAGUUUCAGUCUCUAAGUUUGAAAAAUAAACAUUUUAGUCACUAAUUUGGAAGGGGUUUUUUUUUUUUAAUAAUAAAGGUCAAUUUUGUAAUUUAACCAUACCCUGACAUGAACAAACUUGAGUUGCCAACUAUUCACAACAAAAAACCAAUCACCCCAUGUUUAUUAACCUCUUCCUUCUGUUAUGUUUUAUUUUUUAAAAAAAUAUUUUCUUUUGUUAUUUCUUUGUUUCUUUAAGUUCUUUAUCUAUACUGUAUUUUAAUUUAAUUUGUCUUACUGCUCCUUUCAGACAAGAAGUUUGUCUGUUUGCUAUUUUAUUUUCUGUAAUAUUUGCAUUUCAACCAA